AUGUGCCUUGGUACACCCAACUACAAGUUAUGCCUUGGCAAACCCAGCUACAAGCUGGGCAUUGGUAAACCCAGCUACAAGUUAGGCCUUGGUAAACCCAACUACAAGUUAGGCCUUGGUCAACCCAGCUACAAGUUAGGCCUUGGUAAACCCAGCUAUAAGUUAGGUCUUGGUAAACCCAGUUACAAGUUAGGUAUUGGUAAACCCAGCUACAAGUUAGGCCUUGGUAAACCCAGCUACAAGUUAGGCCUUGGUAAACCCAGUUACAAGUUAGGUAUUGGUAAACCCAGCUACAAGUUAGGUAUUGGUAAACCCAGCUACAAGUUAGACAUUGGUAAACCCAGCUACAAGUUAGGCCUUGGUAAACCCAACUACAAGUUAGGCCUUGGUCAACCCAGCUACAAGUUAGGUAUUGGUAAACCCAGCUACAAGUUAGGCCUUGGUAAACCCAGCUACAAGUUAGGCCUUGGUAAACCCAGUUACAAGUUAGGUAUUGGUAAACCCAGCUACAAGUUAGGCCUUGGUAAACCCAGCUACAAGUUAGGCCUUGGUAAACCCAGUUACAAGUUAGGUAUUGGUAAACCCAGCUACAAGUUAGGUAUUGGUAAACCCAGCUACAAGUUAGACAUUGGUAAACCCAGCUAUAAGUUAGGCCUUUGUAAACCCAGUUACAAGUUAGGCCUUGGUAAACCCAGCUACAAAUUAGACAUUGGUAAACCCAGCUACAAGCUGGGCAUUGGUAAACCCAGCUACAAGUUAGGCCUUGGUAAACCCAACUACAAGUUAGGCCUUGGUAAACCCAGCUACAAGUUAGGCCUUGGUAAACCCAGUUACAAGUUAGGUAUUGGUAAACCCAGCUACAAGUUAGGUAUUGGUAAACCCAGCUACAAGUUAGACAUUGGUAAACCCAGCUAUAAGUUAGGCCUUGGUAAACCCAGUUACAAGUUAGGUAUUGGUAAACCCAGCUACAAGUUAGGCCUUGGUAAACCCAGCUACAAGUUAGGCCUUGGUAAACCCAGUUACAAGUUAGGUAUUGGUAAACCCAGCUACAAGUUAGGUAUUGGUAAACCCAGCUACAAGUUAGACAUUGGUAAACCCAGCUAUAAGUUAGGCCUUUGUAAACCCAGUUACAAGUUAGGCCUUGGUAAACCCAGCUACAAGUUAGACAUUGGUAAACCCAGCUACAAGUUAGGCCUUGGUAAACCCAGCUACAAGUUAGGCCUUGGUAAACCCAACUACAAGUUAGGCCUUGGUGAACUCAGUUACAACAGGGUUGUAAAUAUGUGCGGCAAUGUUACGUUUUUCUUUGACUGCUGUGUAUGA